AUGUAUGCAUAUAUAGAUGUCUCUUCUUCAUAUCUCACUUAUUCUUUAUUUGUUUUUCACUCAAUUUCAUACCGAAUUCCUGUUUUCUUUUUUCCUUACCCUUUCUCUAUUCCUAAUAAGUUAUCUUUCUUCAUCACUGCUUAUCUGUGUUUUCUCUCUCACCCUCUCUCUAUUUUCCAUUAUGUCACAUUCAUUGUAUUUAUAGCCUGUUUUUAUAUUUCUAAUCUCUUUCUCUUUCCUCAUUUUCUCUCCCUGUUUUUUCUCUCUCACCCUCCCUCUGUUCUUCCAUUGCAUCACUCAUUUUUUAUAGCCUCUUUUUAUAUUUCUAUUUUUUUAGUAAUUUUCUUCUUUCUUGUCAUCACCAAAUCUCUUUCUCUUUCCUCUCUCUCAACAGCCACUCUCACAUUUUACCUAUCUAUCUAUCUAUCUAUCUAUCUAUCUAUCUAUCUAUCUAUCUAUCUCAAUAGCUUCAUGUUACUUUAUCAUGUUUGUUUGUCAAUAUUCCCUUAUUCCAAUGUCCAUUUCUAUACUGACUACUAUAUGGUGCUUUUUCUUGCUAAUAUACCUAUCUUUUAUUUUCCCUUAAUUUUUUCUUCUUCCUCUACCAUUAUCCUCUAUUAUUUCUUUUUUCUUCCUCCAUCUUCUUAUCUCUUAUUUCUUCAUUUUCUUCCUUCUUCUUCUUAUCCCAUUCGCCUCCAUUAUUUCUUUUGCUUUUCUUUCUUUCUUCAUCUUUUGGUCUCAUCCUCCUCCAUUAUUACUUCUUUUUUUUAUUUCACCAUUUUCUUGUCUCAUCCUACUUCUUUUUUUUCCUUUUUUCACCACAUUUUCUUGUCUCAUCCUCCUCCAUUAUUUCAUCUUUUUUCCUCCAUCUUCUUGACUCAUCCUUCUUCAUUAUUUCUUUUUUCUUUGUCUUCUUUCUUCCUUCAUCUUCUUUUUUCCUCCUUCUCCAUUAUUUCUUCUUUAUUUCUUCCUCCAUCUUCUUGUCUCAUCCUCCUCCAUUAUUUCUUCUUUUUUCCUCCAUCUUCUUGA